AUGGCUUGCACCGUUUCGGGUGAAACAGCCUUCAUUAAGCAGCAGGAAAUCCUUCGAGAUCGCUGCUCAAAAGCCCUCGCGGACCACCUGAAAGCAAAUCCUGAUGUUGUAUGGACACCCAAAGAUGGCCGUGGAGAGCGCCUCGGCUCGAUGGAAGACGCGGCAAAGCUCAAACUGGUCGUGGAUGUCGAAUUCGACGAAGAAACCGGACAGCCAAUUUUCCCUCCGGGUAACAACAGACUGUCAGAUGAGUUAGUUUACCUGAUGACCAAGUUCAUGAACGCCCGCGACCUGGGACGACGAUAUCCAUAUGAUUUCGACAAAAUGGGAAAUAUUAACCCUCAACGCGUGCCUUCGGGACCUGCUCCAAUUAUCUGGGCUCACGGACUGCCCUUCUUCCCAGUAUACAAAGGAUAUUACAUCCUCUGUGGACGAGCACACGCUAGCUGCAUUGGCUGGUUGCUCCAUGAGAGAACGAGCGAGAUCAUGCAAGCCAAUCCGCUCUGGUCUAUUGGGGCAGUUGUCGCACCUGACUCUGCCGUGAAAGCUCCUCGUAAUAUCACUCGUCAGAUGACACAGCACAAGCCUUCUGGUUCCGACAAAGACCCGGGUUACAAUGGCAAAGCCUGGGCUCGUGAUGUUGUGGCUGCUGAGCACCAUCUCUGCGCCGUUUUUCCGAGCCUGGACGGUGACGAAAUUGAGGUAUGCCCGAUGUGGAGAGCUUGGGGCUACAAUGUUCAUUGCGGGCCUAUGAGGCGCGGCGUGAAGCCAACAACAAUGCCGAAGGUUUUCUUCACGAGCCAUGGUAUCAAGGAUAUCGACUAUGACUCUCUUGCUAGACCAUACGGAAACCAAUUGAUGGACGAGGAUGAAGAGCCAGAUGAUAAAGCGGAUCCAGAUGGUGACAUUGAGGUUAUAGAUCGCGCUGGAGAGAGUGGCGAAGUUGCUAGCGGUAGCGAUCAACCCAUCAUGACCCAGUCUGCGUCCCAAAUGGAUGUAGAUAUGGACACCGUCAGCUUGAUGGAAGUUUCAAAGCAGGUUCCAGUGCAAAGCCCAGGACAAUAUCAAGAACAGGUGCCAGCAGAGCAGGAUGCAGUGCGAGCUCCAGUGCAGGCUCUAGCGGCGGUGGCGGAAAAGAUCAAAGAUGGAAUCAAAGAAAACGUCAAAGAAGAGACCAAAGAAGAGGUCAAAGAAGAGGCCAAAGAAGAGGUCAACGAAGAGGUCAACGAAGGCGCCAUGGAGAAGGUCAUGGAAGUUCCUAUGAAACAGGUCACCGAAGGGACUGCUAAAGAUUCCGAAAUCCCCCCCCUCGGACCUUGA